UCCUCUUUUUGCCUUUUCACAUCCUUGUGGCUCCGGAGCGCAGCUCAACGGCGGCCUGCUUGGAGGAAACUCUUCAUCCAGCUCAGGACUUCACUUUGCGUAUCCGGAUCUAUCCUUCAUUGUUCUACCAUCUUCUCCAACUAUUAGACGAGCGUUGCAUCAGCUUUGGCGGUGGCAGCCGUCAGCUCAGCCUCUCUCGCUUCUCACGGCCGACGUUUUAACUGCAUGCAACUUCCUCAUUCGCUGACUUGUGUCAGAGUCAGGAGCGCGCUCCUGAAACCAGAACAAAAACUGACGGCAGAGCAGCCGCCGCACGACAGCAGCAGAGCGGAGCCGUCCGCCCUGACCUCCUGUUUCUUAUGCGUUUGGCGUUUGUGGAGCAGGACUCCUGAACGGGACAACAUCUGCUUGGACUUCCCGUUAGCCAGGAUGCUCCGGCAGUCUUUCAGCCUCCUCAAGUUUGGAUCAGCAGCAAACAGGUCACAAGAUGCUACCGACCUUCUCCACGAGGAUCUGGUCAUGGUGGAGCAGCGGGUGGAGCCGGCCCGAAAGGCGGCUCAGGUCCUCUCCAAGAAGCUGCAGGGCUGCAUGCAGAGCCAACCGGGCCUGGAGGCAGAGAAGCGGAUGAAAAAGCUCCCACUCAUGCAGCUGUCUGUCAGCAUGGCGGAGAGCCUGAAAGACUUCGAUGCUCACUCCUCAAUCAGGAGAGUUCUGGAGAUGUGCUGCUUCAUGGAGAAGAUGCUGGCCAGCAUGCUGGCAGACUUUGAGGUGAAAGUGGAAAAAGAGGUUCUGGAGCCGCUCAAUAAGCUCAGCGAGGACGACCUGCCAGAAGUCCUGAGGAACAAGAAACAGUUUGCGAGACUCACCACCGACUGGAACAACGCCAGACUCAGGAGUCAAGCCAGCACCGCCCCCCAGGCCAAGCAGGACGGGCUCCGGGAGGAAGUGGAGGAAGCCUGGAGGAAACUGGAGAGCAUCAAGGACCAGUACUCUGCAGACCUCUAUCACUUUGCCACGAAAGAAGACGACUAUGCUAACUACUUCAUACACCUUCUGGAGCUGCAGGCAGAAUACCACAAGAACUCAGUGGAGUUCCUGGACAAAAACAUCAGCGAGCUGAAAGAGAAUCACAGUCAGAAAGGGCCGGCGGUGAGCCUCUCCAAGCAGAGGGUCUACGGGGAACAUCUGCUCACACAUCUGUCCCAGUCCAACAUAGAAAUCGCCGUUCCCAUUCAGGAGUGUAUUCACAUGCUGCUGAGGACGGGCAUGAGGGAGGAGGGUUUGUUUCGUCUGGCUGCAGCCGCUUCAGUGAUGAAGAGGCUGAAGACGAGUCUGGACCAGGGAACAGUCGACCACAGCGAGUUCAGGAUGGACCCGCACGCUGUGGCCGGAGCGCUGAAGUGUUACCUCAGAGAGCUUCCUGAACCCUUGAUGACCUUUGACCUCUACAACGAUUGGUUUAAAGCUGCAGGGGAAAAAGAGCUGGACAAGAAGCUGGAGCAGUUCAAGGUUUUACUGAAGAAACUCCCACCUGAAAACUACAAUAACCUCAGGUAUCUGGUCCAGUUCCUGUCUCUGUUGUCCAAGCAACAGGCUGUGAACAAGAUGACCCCCAGUAACAUCGCCAUCGUCUUGGGGCCGAACCUGCUCUGGCCAAAGGCUGAGGGGGAGGCUGCUCUGUUGGACAUGGCGUCGGCGUCCUCCGUCCAGGUGGUGAUGGUCAUCGAACCUCUCAUCCAGUACAGCUCCAGGCUGUUUCCUGAAGCUGAACCCUUUGACAUCCCAGAUCUGCCUGAAACCCCAGAAACGCCCGCUUCUACUUUCCAGUCCGUCCAUCCAGAGAAGGAGAAACUGGCCAGGACGGUUUCCUCGGCAUCAGCGCUCUCUUCCUCUUUUCACUUCCCCGUCUCCAGAACAAACAGCACUUCCUCUCAGGACAGCGGGGUUCUGGUCAAAUCGGGCUCUGUGGGCAGCCGUAGUGGAACCACGACAUGGAACAGUCCCACAAGCGAGACGCCGCCAUCCGCCAUCACGUCGUCCUCCGUUGCUUCCUCGACACCAACCCCCAGCCCCCCCGGAGCGGCAUGGUCUGCGGCCGGGUCAACGCCGGGCCUGGCGAGGACCGCCACCCAGAGGCAGACCUCGGAUCAAAGCCCGCUAGAGCCGAUUCUGGAGGCACCACCGGAUUCUCCACUUGUGAAGAUCCAAUGUCCGUACAAACCAAAGAGGACGUUUAACUCCAAAGGCAACCAGGAUGAAGAGCAGAUAACAGUGGAGUUCUCUAAACCGAGGGCCCCGGGGCCUCCGAAGAUGCAGGCCCCGCCCCCCCCAACCACGGCCUCCAGAGACGAUGCAAAGAUCCUGCCAAAGCCGGCGCCCCGGCUCCAACCGCCGAAAAAGCCUCUGGCGAAAAAGCCCGGAGUCCGAGCCCCAAACUGCCCUCCGCCCCUCCCUCCUCCAUCACAGCCCAAGGAGCUUCCCUCUUUAGCGCAAUAAAAAGAAGACGCCAACACAGCCGAUGCUCCUCUUUUCAAUCAAAUCCUUGGUUUCUUUUAAUGUUUUUUUCUGCUCCUGGAUCUUUAUCUACCUAUUUAUUCUGCCGCUCUUUAAAAAAAAACAAACAAAAAAAACACUUCAAAGCUAAACAUCAACCACAGGUCUGAUGUGUUUUCAUUGUAAGAUUGUAAAUACUGAAGAUGAAAUCUACAAAAUAAAUCCUCGUCUAGGA